ACCACCACUCAUCAUAAUCACCAUCCCCCCCUCGACCGAUUCGCCUUGCUCCGUUCUCCUCUAACGCUCCCCUCCCCCCCUUCACCCCCCACCGCCCAUCGGCAACCACACUCGUUUACAUAAGUUAUGAAGUUCACGCCCAACCGCCGCACGCGGGCGGCCCUCGCGGCAGCAGCAGCAGUCGGCGGCAUCGAAUACGCGGCUGCAGAGAGUUCCCUCGACAAGAGAGGUAUGGCUAGGAUCCGACGACACCACCAGCGGGAUGCCAUCGACGCACAGAAGAAGAGAGACCUCAUUGGAGGUCUUGGAACGGCCGUGACGGGUGUUGGACAGGCGCUUGGAUUGAACCAGGGCCCGCAAUCUGACAUCAUCGGUCUCGUCGAGAAGAGGGAACCGCUCGGGGGAUUGCUCGGCGGGCUGCUGGGAGGCAGCAGCAGCCAACCAGCUCAAGCGGCGCCUGCGUCAAGCGCUGCACCCGUCCAAUCAGCGCCCGCCAACAAUGGAGGAGGAAACAGCGCCGCUGCACCAGCCCAGAACACCCCGGCACCCGCAGCUGGCGGCAGCGCAGCGCCCGUCACCAAUGGUGAUGGGACGGCUGCUGCUGCUGCUGCUGCUCCUGUCGCAGCGGGAACGACUGGCGGUGACACUUCGGUUGUUGGGUCUCCCGCUCCUGUUAUUAUGCCGGACGGUACCACGUCGACGCCUGCUGCCAUCGUGCCGGGGAUCGUCGUCAGCACACCGGCGGCCUCGUCAGCCGCUGUAGGCAUCAUUCAGAUCAGCGAUGCCAUCUCCUCGACCGCUAGCUCGUCUGGCAACUCAACGGCUACAGGCAGCUCCUCUUCUGUCGGCCCAACCGGCACCAGUGGCUUGCCUUUUCUUGGCGGUGGAUCCGUUCCGCUCGCGACGAACGGUCUCAACAGCAGCGACCGUACUGCAAACUCUGACGGGGACGGCUCUUCUUCGAACACUACCAAGAUCGUCGUGCCCAUCGUCGUCGUCGUGGCUGCCCUGGCCCUCGUGGCCUUCAUCGUCAUGUUCAUGCGCAGGCGAAGACGGAUGAAUGACCAGCGCAUGCAGCCCAUGGACUACUCUAUCCCGGAGACUGUCGGCCUCAACACGGGUGCAGCUACUUCGUCGGGCUUCCCCGCCGUGGGCGGAGGCGCAGCAUUGGCAGGCGCCGUGAUGCGCUCGUCGUCGUCGCAGCGCAGGGCCGAGAAGGGCAGGAGCGGCGAAUCGUGGGUGGCUGGAAGGCCAAUGAGCCCCGCUGCCGACGAGGAUGGUUACUCGUACGACGAGAGCCACGCACAGCAGCAACUGAGCGAGCACUCACACCACAACGUUGAAGCCGGUGCGGCCGACAUGUACACGCCUUACCCUGCCGACGCGGCCAUCACCACGCCUCCGGCACUCCAGCCUGGUCAUCCCGGUUACGGUGCUGCUGGUGCGGGCAUGUACCUCUCAGGUGCCUCCGCCGAGGGGCACGGUAGUGCCGAUCAACCACAGCAGACGCGCAGGCAGAGCGCCCACGGCUCCGAGGACGGCGGCGCCGGAGGCGCGCACUACGCCACCGCAUCGGAAGAGUCCUACAGCUACCACGGCUCAGCCCAGCUGGACCACAUGGACAACCAACAAACGUACGACGGAUCGGCAAACUAUGGCUACUCGAACAAGGCAACGAAGGGCCUGGACCAGGCUGGUGCGCCGGGCAUCUCGCCAUACAAUGACUUGCACAGGCCGCAGUCUACGUCGGCUAACACGGCCUACGGUGGCUACGCAGCCACGGAUGUUGGCGGAGACGAGCAGGAGCAACAGAGGAAGAGGCAGAGCGCAGGAGUCCGCUCCGAGCACUCUGCUGCCCCCUCCGUCGUUGGUAACCAGUAUGAUGGAGCCGACGUCGGCGAGGACCCCUUUACCUACGUCGUUGCCGACCAGUCGGCCCCGCACAGCAACUCGGUCAUGCAGAACGCCCACCUGAACAGCAGCCGAUGGUCCGGUUGA